UGUCCAAGAUGAGGCUGUGGACAAAAGCACCUUUAAGGAAUGCAACCAGAUUGCUUUUUACAGGCGUCAGAAGCUUCUACAUCCUGGAAAAUCCUUGUAUCGAGCAUUGUUGGAUUCAGUCACGUUAAGUGAUGAGAGUGUCAAAUUCCAAAUUAUUCAUGAAGAGAAUAAGGUUCUUCUACAAGUAGAAAUGUGUGAAAUAGAAGGCAAUAUUUUCAGGCUUAAAAUUGAUGAAGCAGCUCCUCUCAGAGCAAGAUACAAAGUUCCUGAUGUUCUUGUACAAGAACCUACCACCCAGAGACUCUCUAUAUCCCAGAAGGAUGCAGGUAUUUUGGUGCUGUCAAGUGUUAAUGAGGACUACAAACUUCAAGUCACAGCAAACCCCUUCCAGGUUGAGCUACAGUCCAAGGGUGAGACUGUUCUGAGCAUGAAUUCCAAUGGGUUGUUAUAUUUUGAGCACCUACAGCCACCUCCCAGCGAUAGAAAACCUACAGCAGAAAAGAAGGAGGAGGCAGCAAGUGAUUCCUCUAAGGAGAAACAAGAGGAUCUAGGUCUGUGGCAAGAGAAAUUUGGCAGUUUCUUAGACAUCAAAGCUCAUG